AUGCAACCCAACAACAAUUCACGUCGACGACGAUAUGAAACUCCAGGGGUGGCGACAUUGGCUUCGGCAGGUCUGGCCGCUUAUGGGACCUAUUGUUUGGCGAACUGGGCCUGGAAUCAAUGGUAUAAAAAGGAAGGGGAUGAUUCGCAGCAACGACAACAACAACAGCAUGAUGAUACGAAUAUUAUUCCCAUGGCAUCCCAUCCAUCUAAACCCUUAGGAAGGGAACGAUCUCCCAUGAGUCCCCAGCAAUGGCGAAGUCGACGACAACGCAUGGUCCGCUGUGGCGACGAGGUAGCGCGAGCUCUGGAAGGCUUACUGCCGUCGUUGAAGCGUGCCAUUGAAGAAGCAACUCCAACGAUCCAGGAAACACAGGCACUCAAACAAUUGAAAACCAAAGGUCAACAUUCUUCUCAACAAGCCAUGGAUCUCUGGGAAACGGUCAAAGUACGAUCCGUCACGCGAUUGGUGGCCACGGCCUAUGCUCAUUCCAUUCUGGUGCUGGUAGUGACGGUACAAAUUCACUUGCUGGGUGGAAAACUCUUUGAAGAACAAUUGCAUACGGAUAACAACAAUACAAAUGACAAUGAUGACAGUACGGCAUCCGAUUUGAUGAGUACCUACGGGGAAUCCCAUAAGGAAGUACUCCACAACACGUACAAGUAUUAUUUCGAACAGGGCGUCCCGGCAUUGAUUCAAUCGGUAGAAACCAGUGUGCAAUCCGCAUUGGCCGAUUGGAAAUUUUCCGAUGCGUCGUGUCUCCAUAUCACUCGAGGGGCAUUUGACCAGGCACUCCAACGAAUACGACAACAACAAAGCUUAGAAGAGAGACGAUUGUUGCAAUAUUUGGUGCCAUCUGCGGGAAUGAGUCUCAUUACCGAUGCCGUAUCGGAUGAAAUGGCACGCUGGAUUUUAUACGAAACAUGGGAUGUUCUGGAAAGUCCCGUUGUUGCCAUGGCACAUCGGGACUGUUUGGACGUGACAUUUGAACGCAUGAAACAUUCUCAUUGGACCAAAAUUUUUGACGAAUCUACGACGGGAAAGCCAUUGGCACUCAUCAUUUCCAAACUCAAGCAUACGUCUCGCAGUUUCUUUGAAUUUCAACAACAACAUCAAACGGAUGCGGUCAAUGGAUACUAUUUGGAAAUGCAAUGUCUGCCGUCCGUCAUGGAAUUGGCCGAUGUGAGUUUUGGAUAA